AUGUUGCCUUUGGAAGGACGCAGUCAGGCGAUCUUUGUCAUCACGACGAUAUUCUUGGGGUUCUCUUUCAUUGCGGUCUGCCUGCGAUGUUUCGUUCGACUUCGCCUUGUCAAGGCAUUUGGAUGGGAUGACGCGUUGAUGGUGUUUGCAAUGUUUCUGAACAUCCUAUUCGCCCUGGCUGGAAUCACCGGCGCCUUUUAUGGAAUGGGACAAAAGACCGAGCAUCUUAUUCAAACGGGCACGAUGGAAACCGCCAUGUUUUGGUGGUGGCUCGGCCAAACUAGCUAUGUCUGGGUCUGCGCAAUCGCAAAGAUCUCCAUCGCCGUCGCACUUCUGCGCCUUACCGUCGCCAAAGUACACGCCCUUAUCCUCUGGGUCAUUAUCAGCGUGACAUCGAUCGUCGGCUUGAUCUUCUUCUUCAUGCUGACCCUGCAAUGCCACCCAGUUUCCUAUUUCUGGCAGCGAGUUCGAGUGUAUUACCCCCCGCACACUCCUGUCCUCGGCUCUUGCAUGAGCCUCGACAGCAUUAUCGCUAUGGCCUGGGUCUAUAGUAUUGUCGCAACAUGCUGUGACUUGACUCUGGGGCUUUUGCCGUUAUUCCUCGUGUGGAAUUUGCAGAUGAAUUCGCGGACCAAGGCCGCCCUGGCUGGUAUUUUGGGCAUGGGUUGCGUUGCCAGCGCAGCCGUCAUCGUUCGCCUUCCCUUCUUGCACGACUAUAAGGAUCCCGAUUUUCUAUAUGCGACCACCCAAAUCUCCAUCUGGUCCAAUGUCGAAGCCUCCUUGGGUAUCGCCGCGGGCAGUCUCGUCACCCUCCGCCCACUCUUCCGCUGGUUUCGUGACUCCAGCUCCGCAGGCCACUCGCGGAGCAAGAGCAAGCGAACUGGAGGUAGCAUACCACUUUCUAGUGUGAACGCUGUUCGAUCCGAUUCCUCGGUACCCCAGUACUGGCGACCGGACGUAUAUCCGGAGGAUUCUCAGGCAGUUAUCACCACCAUUCACGCCUCGAAUCGAGGAAGUCGCACGAGCAGCCAGGAGGAUUUGAAUCCCAAUCAGGGGCAGGGGACGUUCUUCUCUGGAGUGAACGUGCAGAAGACUUUCUUCAUGUCAGAAAACGAGUCGCAGUAA